GUACAAACUCUAAGCCCGCAAGUUGUCGGCUUGACUCCUCUCGGGCCCGAAAACCACACGGGACCGAGGUGUACCAUGUCAACCCGCUAAGAAUGAAUCCGACCGUCCCACGUGCCUUCAGGCCUUCGACCUCAUAUUUAAGAGCACAGAUGGCUUCUCUCUUGUAUUGGCAGUGUACCAACUUCCAGCACGAAUGCACAUUCGCCGGGUGUCAAGAUAUUUCCGCUUUGGCAGCACUAUAUCAUCAACAUCGACCCCGUUGUUAAACUUAUCCAUGUGCCGACAUUUCAGGCGCAGAUUGUGCACGCCAGUGCUGAUUCAUCCCAAAACUCCAAACCCCUUGAUGCCCUGUUAUCUGGCAUCUAUUUCAUUGCUGUUGUCUCCCCAGUUGACGAGGAAGCCCAGAACCUGUUGAGUGAGACUAAAGCUAGGCUUCUACUCAGAUACCGCCCUUGAGCGGAGCAGGCACUGGUAAAUGCCGGGGCUCAUGAGAACCAAUGAGCUGAUGGUGCUCCAGACGUAUCUUUUGUACCUGGUGAGUGAUCGACGUGUGGCCUCAAUACCGGAAAGCAGCUGAUGGAAAACCCUGUAGUUCGGUGUGAUGAGUUGC